UGAGAUAUCUCGCAGAAUCCGGAGAGAUGCCCAACUUGUUGGCAAGCGAUUUCGGCGAUCGUCGGCGAUAUUCUAGGGCGACAGUCAAUUUGUGAACAGAACAAACUAAUUUCAAAGCUAAUUGUGUUAUUCUUUUGCCGAAUCCAAAUUCGAUCAUCGUCUCCGCCUUUCCCUCUGCUCUACUCAUGGCGGAAUGAAGAAUAUCGACUACCAGCGGUAGGGGAAACUCCACCGCUAGACGAGCGAACGUCAAAUUAUCCUAGGCAUCCCCGGUUCUUCCUUUUUGCUCCUCGUGAUUCCCUUGUAUAGGUUUGAUUGUUCCCUUUGUGGUUUGACGGGCUAGGGUUCUGUUCUCGAUCGUCUAUCUUUUGUGUUUAAUCUCAUAAAGGUAGUAGCUUUUUGCUAGGGCUUUCGAGAUUGCUGAGAUCGUUGAAUUUAUUCUUCCGGGGACGAGCAUUCGUCCUCGAUGUCAAGGCAUUGUCGAUUGACGAGAGCUAUUUCGUAGCAAAAGUUUGAAUAUUUGUGGCGCAUGCUUUGAGAUUUGGGGACAGCCGUGCUUGCUCGGUCCAUUAGAUUAGAAACCUAGUUUUUAGGUCGAUCUGGAUGACACCAUACUGUGCGUUAUUGACUUGCUGCGUAUGAAAAGGAUAUAAAGGCUCUGAUAUUGUUUCUGCUUAUGGGCUGCCUUUGUUCCAAGGGCUUGCUUGAUGAUGAUGGUGUGCCGGAUCGAUCUAAGUCCUUGAACCGUAUUGUCACAUUCUCACAGAAAGACGAGGUUGUGACUGCCAUCGUUACUGCAACACUUAGUGGAAACCAUAGCAGUGCUAGAUUUUCAUCCAAGCGAUAUGAGAAUUCAGACACCAGCUCCUCUGUCUCCUCGGAGGAAGAAGAGGAUUCCACAGCCGUUCAGAGUACCGGCCAUGUCGGAGCACACAACAGACGAGCCACUGUGGACGUUGGAGCACAAAAAAAUGGCUCCAGUGUUAUGGGUUCUUCUCGCAAUAUCGAAGGUGAUUUGGGAAUUGGUAGUGUGCCCAAUGGGCUUGCAGGGGAGCAAGUAGCAGCAGGUUGGCCUUCUUGGCUUACAGAUGUUGCUGGGGAAGCAAUAAACGGGUGGCUACCCAGGAGAGGUGACUCAUUUGAGAAAUUAGAUAAGAUUGGAGAAGGAACUUAUAGUCAUGUCUUUAGAGCCCGUGAUCUUGAGACCGGUAAAAUUGUUGCUCUCAAGAAAGUGAGAUUUGUUAAUAUGGAUCCAGAAAGUGUUUGCUUUAUGGCAAGGGAAAUUCGUAUUCUACGGAGACUUGAUCACCCAAAUGUCAUAAAGCUUGAAGGAAUAAUCACGUCACGGAUGUCAUGCAACUUGUAUCUCAUAUUUGAAUAUAUGGAGCAUGAUCUAGCUGGACUUGCAGCAAGAUCUAGUGUCAGAUUCACUGAGCCACAGGUAAAGUGUUAUGUGAAACAGCUGCUUGAAGGCCUUGAUCACUGUCAUAGUCGUGGGGUCUUGCAUCGAGAUAUAAAGGGCUCAAAUUUAUUAAUUAACAAUAGUGGCAUACUCAGAAUAGCAGAUUUCGGCCUUGCAACAUUACUCACUGUUGACCAAAAUCAACAGUUGACAAGUCGCGUAGUAACCUUGUGGUAUAGGCCUCCUGAGCUUUUGCUCGGUGCCACGGAGUAUGGUGCUGCUGUUGAUUUGUGGAGCUCUGGUUGCAUUCUUGCAGAAUUAUUUGCUGGGAGGCCGAUCAUGCCUGGAAGAACUGAGGUGGAACAACUGCACAAGAUCUUCAAGCUCUGUGGUUCACCUUCAGAAGAGUACUGGGAGAAAUCAAAGCUACCCCACGCGACCAUAUUCAAACCUCAGCAUCAGUAUAGGUGCUGUCUCACUGAGACUUUCAAAGACUUCCCACCUACAGCUUUAUCUCUCCUCGAUUAUCUUCUUGCUAUAGAACCAGAGAAAAGGGGAACUGUUGCCUCGGCCCUCCAAAGUAAGUUCUUCACAACAAUGCCAUUCGCCUGUGAUCCUUCAAGUUUGCCUAAAUAUCCUCCAAGUAAAGAGUAUGAUGCCAAACUUCAGGACGAGGCUAGGAGGCAGAGAGCAGCCGCCCGGGCAUCUGAAUCAGUCAGGCCACAUAAUAGGGUUUCCAGAGCAAUGCCAGCACAAGAACGGCAGAAUUCACAUGGAUAUCUGAAUACGAAAAGCAUUGGCAAGAAGUACGAAGAACAGGAUGAUGCUGCAUCUGGGUUCCCAAUGGAACCUCCUGGAGGACCAUCACAAAAUGUCUCCUCUCAUCCUGGCAUUCACCCGAAUGCAUUGGUUUCUACUUUGUCUGGGAGGAAACAAGAACAGGCCCGUCACGCUCCAAGCCGGACGUAUUCCUCAAUGAGGGUGCCAAAUGGUCUUCAGUUAAGGCCACAGACGUCGUACCGGCCUCACCUAGGCGGUGCCGAUUUCUCAGACAUCUCAGGUUCAUUUGCCACGAGAGGCAAUGCUGGCUCUCGACAAAAUCAACUUGAUGGAGGUCGACAUGCUGAACAUAAGAAAAACGACAUAGUCAUUGCCAAGGAACCAGCACAAGUAUAUGGACAUCCUAUAAGAAGAAUUCACUACUCAGGCCCUUUGAUGCCACCGGGCGGAAACAUGGAAGACAUGCUCAAAGAGCACGAGAAGCAGAUCCAACAGGCUGUUCGCAAAUCGCGGAAGAACUUCUGAUGAGCAGCUCCUUGAAACAUGCUUGCCGUUCCAUCAUAGACUAAAACAUUGACAUUGUAGUAGAUUUUAACUUUAGUUGUCUACUUCGAUACACAUGUACAUCAUCCUAGAAAGUAAUCCUUGCACCUCUAAGAAUCCCUUGUCAUGUAUCUUUAGUUGCUGCCGGCAAUUGUUUUUUAUUUUUUUUCCCCAAAGUUAAUAAAUUUAAUUUUUUUUCUCACCUA